GUGUUCUAACUUCACUAGUAUUACGCCCCGACGGCAAAACUGUGUUAAAUAUGGAAACUCUUCGCCAGUUACUGAUGUUAACGUUGUGUUAUCUUGCACUCACUAUCACAGAGGUAAGAAGCGAAUAUUGCUACGGUUAUUACGAUUUCGAGGGUGAUUUUACAGAAGGUUUCACCUGUCCCAAAUGGUUUGACUCCAGUUCUGAGACAUACUGCUGUGGUUCAAGUACCUACAAAUACUGUUGUGGUUACGAUGACUGGUUGUCUUAUGGAUUAAGUGCACCCACUGGUCUCGGGACAGCUGCAAUCUUUGGAAUUGUUAUUACUGUACUUAUCAUUGUUGGAACCAUUGCUGGUAUAGCCGCAUGUGUGUGUUGUUGUAUCAAAGCAGGAAGUAACAAAAGUACACGAACCCACGUAAUUCAUACCCAAUUUAAUCCACCACCAGAUGGCGCGCUAUGGACUGUACAAUCACCGCCAGCGUAUGGACUACAACCACCGUACGCUAAGCUGCCACCGACAUACGACCCAGUAGCGCAGGUAUAUGGCAAAUAAGUACAUCCGUAAGGAACUGUUGUUGGACAAAUACUGAACCAAAACAACAAGCACAUUUAACCAAGAAGAGUGCAUUAUAAUUAUAACACGAUUUAAAGACUACAUUACACAGACAA